GCGUCUUCUGCACUGGUACCCUGACCUUGGGGAGACACCCUGGAACAUCUGGUUUCCUGGCUGGAGUGCCUCUGGAUAAUCACACUGUCACCCACAACAGUGGGCAUCUGCUGUGAGCACGUACUGUGUGCUAGGGAUGAGAGGUGAGGAGAGGGCCACAGCUCUAGGACAGCAUGGUACCAGCGUCCCAUCAACAGAAAACGGAGUUUCUCUUUCUGGGCCAGUCUAUCCCAGAAUGGUACUUUAUUGGCCUGCUUUGGGUUACAUGCCUUUCCCUGAGCCUGUCACAUGGCUGCCAGAUUUGGAAUUCAUUGAUUGGCAGGGUCUGGGGCACAGGCCUGGGGAGCAGGGGGAACCUCCUGGACUGAGAGUACAGAAGGGGUGGCCCCUACAAGACCACGGGGAAGAGACAGAGGGAAGGUUGAACAGGUAAAAAGCCCAUCACUUUUCCCUGUAGAGAGCGACCUUGGGACCAAAGGUAAGCAGGAGCAGGCCAGGUCAAAGGGCAAGAGAGGAAGCAGAAGGAGCAGCACAUGCACAAAGCUUGGAGUGUUCAAGGAAACCAAGAGGAGAAAUGUGGACACGGGGCGAAGGGCCCACCACUCCAGGCCCGCUGUGUGGUGCCCAGGGGACACGCCUCAGUGAUGGCCAUGCUCUGGCUCUCUUGUGGGUCACCUCAAGUCAGGUGCACACCCAGCGCUAGCAGGGAACCAGAGCACCAGAGUGGGUGGAGGAGCUCUCAGAGCGGUCCCAGCUGCUGCCCAGAACCCCCCUGGGCACCUUCGGUGAUGCCUCUUUGCCCUGUCUGGUUGGCCUGGUGCAUGCCCCUCAUCUCCAGUCCGCACUGGCUCCUCUGAGUCCCGCCCCCACGUCCAAGCCCCCAUGGCGGGCAGGGGGACAGCGAGCCGGGGGCGGGUGAGCAUGCAGGAGCACAUGGCUAUCGAUGUGAGCCCAGGCCCCAUCCGGCCCAUCCACCUCAUUUCCGACUACUUCCCAUACUUUAACCCCUUCGCUGAGCCCACCCUGCACACUCCAGACCCACGCCCUACAGUGACCCCCGCCAUCUGCUCUACACCCCAGCUGGACCCAGAGCCAGAGGGAGACUCAGACGACAGCACUACCCUUGGCACCCUCGAGUUCACGCUCCUCUUUGAUGCGGACAACAGCACCCUCCACUGCACAGCACACCAUGCCCAGGGCCUCAAGCCACCGGCCUCAGGCUCCGUGGACACCUAUGUCAAAGCCAAUCUGCUGCCAGGGGCCAGCAAGGCCAGCCAGCUGCGGACACGCACGGUUCGGGGCACAAGGGGGCCUGUCUGGGAGGAGACACUCACCUAUCAUGGCUUCACCCUCCAGGACGCCCAGCGCAAGACCCUGUGGCUGUGCGUGUGUGAGGACUCACGGCUGCGGCGACGGCGGCGGGCGACUCCACUUGGGGAGCUGCGGGUGCCCCUGAGGAAGCUGGUGCCCAACCGAGCCAGGAGCUUCAAUGUGUGUCUGGAGAAGCGGAGGCUGACCAAGAGGCCCAAGAGCCUGGAUGCAGCACGUGGCAUGUCUCUGUACGAGGAGGACGAGGUGGAGGUGGAGGCAGCUGGGGAGGACCGCGGGCGCAUCCUGCUGUCUCUGUGCUACAGUUCUUAGCGCGGCGGGCUGCUGGUGGGUGUGCUGCGCUGUGCCCACCUUGCCCCCAUGGAUGCCAACGGCUACUCGGACCCCUUUGUCCGCCUUUUCCUGCAUCCAAAUGUGGGGAAGAAAUCUAAAUACAAGACCAGUGUUCGGAAGAAGACCCUGAACCCUGAGUUCAACGAGGAAUUCUUCUAUGCAGGCCCAAGGGAGGAGCUGGCCCAGAAGACGCUGCUGGUAUCAGUAUGGGAUUACGACCUGGGCACAGCCGACGAUUUCAUUGGUGAGUGGGAAUGCGGGGUCGCUGGAGUUGGGGGCCCAAUGGGCUCCCACAUGGCUCCUGACCUGUCCCCCAACCCAGGCGGGGUGCAACUGAGUAGCCAGGCCAGUGGGGAGUGCCUGCAGCACUGGCAUGAAUGCCUGGGCCACAGUGACCACCGACUGGAGCUGUGGCACCCACUGGACAGUGCGCCCCUCCAGCUCAGCGACUAGUAGGGGCACCCGGCUUGGCCCUGCUCCCUGCCUCUCCCCUAGACUGACCCACAGCAGUGUCCAUGGAGCUGCGAGGACCUGGGGCUGCCUCACCCACGAUGCCCAGCCCCUAGUCAAUUUCUCCCUUCCUUCCGCCUGUUCAAACUCACCCCACUGCCAAAUCAUGAAGCAAGAAUAAACCUCUCCUCCAA